AAACAGCCCCACCAGUGACCAGGCUUUCCUUAUAAAAUACAAGAUACCCCCUUUCUAUUCAUCCCCCAAAUACAAAAACCACAAACAUGGGUUUCCCAGUUGGAUACACCGAAGUAUUCAUCCCAACUCUCUUCAUCCACACUCUCACCUUCUUCACAUUACUCCGUAAAAUCCUCUUCAACCUCUUCAACUACAUGGGCCUGUCCGACUUCCUCGAGCCAGGCCCUAUCGCCCUCGAUCAUCAACUACCUCCACCACUAAACACUACUACCACCCCUCGGAUAACAGUGGGGCCCACCUCCCCACCGUUAUCCGCCAUCGUAACACGAGAACUCCUCCCGCUCGUACGUGUCUCCAAGGAGCAACAAGAGAAAGAAAGCUGCGCAGUGUGCUUGUAUGAGUUUAGCAGUGGUGAAGAGAUCAGGUGGUUAUCCAACUGUAAACACAUAUUUCAUAAAGAUUGUCUUGACCGUUGGAUGGACCUUGAUCAUCGUACUUGUCCUCUUUGCCGUACACCUUUCCUUCUUCUAGAUUUGCUUGAUGAGUUUAAUCAACGGCUAUUAGCUGCUGAUUCUUACGAUCUUCUUCAGUAUGUUGAUCAUUAUAACUACACUGGAUUUUCUCCUCUUUAAUUUCUUUUUUCUUUUCUUUUUACUAGGAUAAAAUAGUUUUAUUUGUCACUUUUUAAAACUUUUCUUAGUGUGAUUAUGAGGUUGUACAUCACUAAUGAUAAUCUAGGAGGUUUUUGUUCAUAAUAAUAAAAACAUAUUGAACAUUUUAUAUGAUGUAUAUAAUUCUCUUCUAAA